GCGUACCAUUUCCUCUUGCCUGUUCUUCUCUCUUCUCGUCUCGAUCGUUCUCCUCCUCAAAGAUCCUAUUGUUUUUUUUGCUUCUUUUUUCCCAGAUCUCUUGAUUUCUUCUCCAUUCGUCGUUCUAAUCUCCUCGGUUCUCUUCGUUAAUUGUCGCUUUAGGUUGGAUUUUGUUUUCUUUUAGGGUUUCAUAGCGGCCUAAUAAACUCACUUCGAUUUCGGAGGUUUCGCGGGACCUUAGCCCUAAACCGAGAACUUAGGCAGUAAAAAGAAGUCAGUUUUUGCCCUAGAUUUUGUGAGGUUUGUGGAACAGGUUCUUUGGGGAGCAAACAAAGGAGAACGGUCGAUUGGGGCUGUUGAUCUCUAGGAGGCGUAGUAGGUUUUUCCAUUAAUAGGAGAGUAAAGAAUAGAGAGAUUUUUUGGUUCGUCAUCCUUUUGAACAUCAGUUGUUAUAUAGUUCGUGAACGUGACUUUAUCUCUGAUGGCUGAUCAACAAAAUGAAAGCACAAAACCGUCACUCUCUGUGGCAGGUAAUGCCCAUAAGAAAGAUGGAGUUUUGGAUGUUCAAGUGACUAAUCAGAAUCCUAGUUUGCAGGAACAACUUGAAGAAAAUGAAAGGAAAACUCGGGUUGAGGAAGCUUGGAAGAAGAUGAAUAGUGGGCUCCCUGUUAAGGUGCCCAAAUCUUUAAUGAACAAGCCUAAUUCAACAGGGACUACAAGGACAAGUAAAACAAUUCCUGAUUGGAUGGUGACUUUUGGCAUUGCACCAAAGAAGGCAUCUGCUAAUCAGGACAUUCAGGGAAAGAGACCAACCAGCACACUAAAUGGAACAAGCGAGGAAGCUAAGAGGCUUGCUGCAGCUGCUCUUUCAGCUGUCAGAGAUGUUGCAUCUGCUGCUGCUGGAAGGGGAAAAGUUGAAAUAACUGAGGUCCGGGACUUUGCAGGCGAGGAGGUUGAAGUGAAAAAGCUUGUGGAUGCUGACUCAAAGGAGGCAGCAGAAAAGGCUAAGGUUUCAGGUGCCCCACCAUCUGCCCUUGACACCAUUUUGGAACAGAUAAAGAAAAAGCAAAAGCUUAGUGUUCUCGAUAAGACCAAGAAGGACUGGGGUGAGUUCAAGGAAGAGAACAAGGGACUGGAAGACGAGCUGGAUGCUUACAAGAAGAGCUCAAAGCAAUAUCUGGACAAAGUUUCCUUCUUGCAGAGAACUGAUUUUAGAGAAUUCGAGCGUGAGAGGGAUGCUCGUCUAGCAUCAAAGAGGAGACCAGAUAUGCGGGAAGAUGACUUCUAGGCUUUAGUAACCGUUACUCUAACAGCUAGCAUUCUUUCUCUGUUUUUGAUGACCGACAGAUCAUUGUGGCGGCCUAAUUCCUAGGCCUCCAGUUUCAAAUGCUUUCUUUUGGGGUUGGCGUUGAGGCAGAGAAGUCAUCCAGGAAUGUUUGGAGUCAUUGGACUUUCUCUUUGGGUCGGUGGGAUUUGGUAUUCUUGUUAUUUUUUUUUAAUGAAGCAAUUCUGAACAUUGCUCUUUUGCUUGUAUAGUUAUUGACCUGUCAUUGACCAAAUAUUGGAGGUGCCUUAUUUGCUGAUAUAAUGCCAAUUAUUCUCCCUCACGUUUCUUAUG